CCUUUAAAAAUAGUGAAAACCUAACUACUCGGGGGGAAGAAUUAAAGCAAAAAAUUAGGGAAGGGAAGAAUUCCAAUCCCCAUAUUUUGGAAGAGCAAGUAGAAGAAAUAAAAACUUUUCUUUAUCAGGAAAUAGAUAAGAUUACUUCCUUUGUGCUGGAGAAAGAAGGGAGUGAAGGGAAAUUAAAGGAGUUAGAAGGGCAGUUGGCGGGUUUGGUGGUUAGUAGUGGUUUGUUGAGUCAGCAAGUUAAUGAGUUAACUAGUCAACUAAGUGAGAAAGAGCAGGAAUUAGAACAAAAGAGAUUGGAAA